UUGAAAACUCUCUGACGUAAUUUUUCUUGAUGAAUAACGAAACUGCGGUGUAAUGCGUCGCCCUUUUUUCCCUCUCACCUGUUCGGACCGUGGCUUUUCUAUAUAUUCUUACCACACACACACGCACACACACACACACGUAGACCAUGGUAGCCAUGCAAUUGAACAUCAAGACGCUUCAACAGAAGCAAUUCAAGUUGGACGUCGAAAGCAGCGAUACGAUUCUUUCAGUAAAACAAAAAAUUCAGGAAUCGGAAGGUCAUGACGUUGCUCAACAGAAACUCAUUUACUCUGGCAAGAUCUUGACCGACGAUAAAAAGGUUGAAGACUGCGGUAUCAACGAGAAGGGUUUCUUGGUAUUGAUGGUUUCCAAGCCUAAGGCUGGAUCCGCAUCGUCAUCGUCUGCUGCUACUGCUGCUGCGACACCCAAGAAAGAAGCCGUGCUCGAAGCAAUGACGGCCCCCACACCAGCUGCACCUGCUGCCGCACCUGCUACGGCAACUCCAGCCACUUCUACGACCCGUACUACAACUGCUGCACCUGCUGCAAACACAACAGACAGCACAGCGACCGCUGCUGCCGCUGCUGGUGGUGAUGGGGAACGCAAUACGGUUAACCAGCUUGUGACAGGAGAUCAAUACGAAAGUGCGAUCCAAAACAUGAUGGAAAUGGGAUUUGAGAGAGAACAGAUCAAACGCGCUUUAAGAGCGAGUUUCAACAACCCGGAUAGAGCUGUGGAAUAUCUGUUUAAUGGUAUUCCUGACCAUUUGCUUGCUGAAGAGCAACAGCAAGAUACGCCAUCUGGCCAACAACAAGAACAACAACAAGAACAACAGUCAUCACCACAGCAGUCUCAGCAACGCGAACAAAGUGCAACGCCUGCUUCACCUAGUGCAGGUGCUACUGGCCAACCUCAAAACCUUUUCGCAGCUGCUCAACAAGCUCAGCAGCAAGCCCAACAACAACCCGCGAGUGGUGGCGUGGACUUUUCACAGUUGCGCAAUACGCCUCACUUUCAGCAACUGAGACAACUGGUGCAAAGCAAUCCGGCCAUGUUACAGCCGUUGCUUCAACAGUUGGGAGCUGCCAACCCCGAGCUGCUCCGACAGAUUAAUGCCGACCCACAGAGCUUUUUCCAAAUGUUGAUGGAAGGUGUUGAUGAUGCAGAAGGUGGCGGUGUUCCACAAGGAUCGCAAGUUAUUCAGGUGACUCAAGAGGAAAAGGAAGCCAUUGACCGACUGGAAGGUCUGGGCUUUGAUCGGGCGCAAGCUAUCGAAGCAUACUUUGCAUGCGAUAAGAAUGAAGAAUUGGCCGCGAACUAUCUGUUUGAUCAUGGAACCGACGACUUUGAGUAGCGUGUUUUGAAUUUUCUUGGGGAUAGUUUAUCGUGUCCCCCAAUAUUUGGCCCGCAAAAUACAAUAUGCCAAUCUCAAUCAGACACACACACACACACACACACACACACGAAAAAAGAGAGAUCAAGGGCGUUAAGAAGGAAAAAAAACCCUAGCAUCCCACAUUAUCUCGCUCUUUUCUAUCAACCUCCCUGAAGGAAAAAGAAAAAGAACAGUAAUAAUAAUAAUAAUAACAAUAACAACAACAACUUUCUUC